AUGGUCAAUACGUCGAGCAUGGAUCCUGGUGGCCUAGCUUCACUAGUUACUCGCCAUCUCGAUCCUAGUCGCCCACGGCUCGCUCUCGACGACGACCGCCCAAUGCAGACCUCUUCGGCCCAGCCGCUUGGCAUUCUGCACGCCUGGACGAGUCCAUGGAAUACAUCAGUAGGGUCUGGUCACGGCUCCGUCGCCCGUGAUGGCUCUCGCCAGCGAGAGCGCAGUACCCUCUCAGGUACCGCGUCAGGCCCCGCUGAUGCCAAAACAGGCUCUGCUGCUCUUAUAGGCUCCUCGGACACGGAUGGGUGGUCAGUCGGCAACCGCUCCGUAUGGGGUGACAAUCCUGCUCGCACUUUGCAGAACCGAAGCGUAGGAAGCUCGCCCCCUCGAAAACGCUCCAUAGUACAGGCACACGCACAGCCUGCACGCGCUCUGGACCUUUCCUCCGGCUCCUAUGCCCAAACACCCAGGAACCAAGUCUCCAGCCACGGGAUUCAGUCGAAACCAGCACACCCACCGCUGGAUGCGACAUCUCUGAAUUUCACAUCAUCUCGACACAAUGAUAAUCUUACAAAUGGUUUCUCCAAUUUUACCUUCAGCCAGGCGGAUGGUUCAGGUCCUCGUCCUGAGCCUUCCGUAGGCCAGUGGUCCGAUGCAGCGUCCGUCCAUUCUCCGGGCGAUGACCGGCGAAGUAUGGCCGCAUCCGAUUACUUUGGUGUAUCGAGCGCGGCUUCCUCUCGACACGGAAGUCUACCGCCUUCAAGACAUGGCGAACCCGCACCAUACAUGGCAGGAACCGACCUCCAGACUCGAUAUGCGCAGCCCAAUCCUCGUCAGCAUUCGUCAUUCUCCCAUCCCAACGGGCGAUUGCAAGAGCGUAGUCCCUCGAUGCAGGCUGAUUCUCUACAGAUGCUGGCCGGCCUUCGUCUGGAUCAGGAACUCUCCGCUGGGGUACAGUCGCAUAGGCCGUCCAUCAGCGCAAACGGCUUCUCUCGCUCCUUGACGCCUGCCGGGGCCGAUGUCGGCUACUUCACAGACUAUGAUACGGAGGCGCAGAACACUACCCUCUACCGGCCAGUCAAUAAUGGUUAUUUCCAGCAGGGGUCGUAUACACCCGAUAGUCAUGGCCAGCUAGCCUCGCAAGAGCCCACUGCACAUCUUCGUCCGUCCCGUCUGGACAGCCUCAGUGCGCUGAAUGGAGCAGCCGCUCGACAGAGUCCAUUCUACUCGAAUACGCACACUCCUCCCAUCUAUGAGAAUGCCCGUUUCUCACGCCCUGAUCAGACUCUGGAGAACGGGCAAGGUCUGGUGCUUGUGCAAGAAAAGCUGGUGGGUGUUCAGCAGCAGCAGCAGCAACAACAUCAACAUCGGCGGCAACAACGACAGCAACAGCAACAGCUGCAAUCGCAGCUACAAGGACGGCGGCAUGUGAAUCAAAAUGCUAGUCAUUUGUCGCCACAUGAUUUUCAGCAGUUCUUUUCCACUCAAGCGCUGGCGAACCCAUAUCUUCGACCGCAGCAGAGUUACGCUCCGUCAGUCUUCAGCAACAUGCCUAUGAAUGGAGUGCCCAUGGGUGGCAUGCCUUUCAACGCUUUUCUACCCAACGUCCCUCUGCAAUCCGUGCCAACGCUGCCAGGCGGAAUGCUGGUUGCCCCAAAGGGUCCGCGCGAUCGCAGCCCUCAGGGGGAUUUGAUGAGCCAGGCAUUGCUUGACUUCAGGAACCACCGAGCAAACCGAGUCUAUCAAUUAAGAGACAUUUACGGUCACCUUGUUGAGUUCUGCGGCGACCAACAUGGGUCUCGCUUCAUCCAAGAGAAGCUCAUGAGCGCGAGUACUGAAGAAAAGAAUAGGGUCUUUGCGGAGAUACAGGGGAAUUCGCUGCAACUGAUGCAGGACGUGUUUGGCAACUACGUCAUUCAAAAAUUCUUCGAGCUCGGUGAUCAGUAUCAGAAAAAGUAUCUCGCCAACUGUAUGAAAGGCCAAGUCAUCAAACUGUCGACGCAGAUGUAUGCCUGCAGGGUAGUCCAGACGGCCUUGCAGCAUGUCUUGACUGACCAGCAAGCCGACAUCGUCAAGGAACUCGAGAAAGACGUGCUCAACUGCGUCAAGGACCAAAACGGUAAUCAUGUGAUUCAAAAGGCCAUUGAACUGGUCCCAGCGGAGCAUAUGCAGACCAUCAUCGACUCAUUCAGAGGGCAUGUCGGGAGCCUUUCCUUGCACAGCUACGGAUGUCGCGUCAUACAACGUCUCCUUGAGUAUUGUGAGCCAUCGGCGAAACGAUUCAUUCUGGAGGAGCUCCAUGCCGAAGGCAGAAAAAUCAUCACCGACAAUUACGGGAAUUACGUCGCACAACAUGUUCUCGAGCAUGGCAACGCAGAGGAUCGCAUCAAGAUCAUCGAACUUGUGAAGAAGGAUCUGUUCUUCUUCUCGAAACACAAGUUUGCCAGCAAUGUGGUCGAAAAGUGCCUGACGUAUGGUGACUAUCAACAACGCAAAGACAUCGUUGAGAGGAUUAUGAAGCAGAAUGAACGUGGCGAGAGCAACGUGUUGCCAUUGAUCAAGGACCAAUUCGGCAACUAUGUGAUCCAGAAGCUUCUUGACGAUGGCAUCCUGUCCCCUCAAGAUCUGCUCGAGUUUCUCACUUGCGUCAAACCCGCGUUACAGCAAGCAAAGGAAACGACCGGGGGCAAUGCAAAACAGAUCGUCGCGUUGGAAAACAAAUUGCUCCAAAUCGGCGAUUGUCGUAAUCCUGUACAGCGCAAUUCCCUGAGCUCGACGGCGGGAAGUAUGCCGGAGGCGCCCUCUCUAGUCGCCGACGCGCAAAGUCCGCAUAGUAGCGACUUUCCCAGCGGCAACGCCAGUACUAUAGAAGAACCUGUACAUGCUCGUUCCACGGCGAACAAACCACUAGCGGCUCCCGGAAGCGUCAACGUCGCGGAUGCAGAGUAA